GCCCGGGCGCCACGCCCUAAGGAGAGCAGCCUUGGGGCCCAUCGCCAUGGCAACAGCGGAGCUCCUUCCACUUCUCCACCCAGCUGACUCCCCCCUACACCCCCCUUCCAGCGCAGCCAACCGGCUUGUGCGCGUCCCUGGAGCGCGCUAUAAAACCUGCACGGGUGGCUCUUGCUGCUCAGCCUGACCUGAGUGACGGGGCAGUCCCCAUUUCCAGCCCGUGACAGCCUUAGCAUGUGGAGGAUGCAGAUCGCGAGCACCUUCCUACGAAAGCGAUGCCUCUGCUUAGGCUUCUUGCUCUUCCUCCUCUUAAAUCAAGUAUCUGCAACCCAGCGCUGCCCAUCCUCGUGCCCGCUUCAGUGCCCCACUACACCGCCGACCUGCGCCCCUGGGGUGCGCUCGGUGCUAGACGGCUGUUCAUGCUGUCUGGUGUGCGCCCGCCAGCGCGGAGAGAGCUGCUCUGAGCUGAAACCCUGCGACCAGAGCAGCGGCCUCUACUGUGACCGCAGCGCAGACCCCAGCAACCAGACUGGCAUAUGCAUGGUUCUAGAGGGCGACAACUGUGUGUUUGAUGGGGUCAUUUACCGCAGCGGAGAGAAGUUUGAACCAAACUGUCAGUACCACUGUACCUGCAGAGAUGGGCAGAUUGGCUGCGUGCCCCGCUGCCAGCUGGAUGUACUGCUGCCCGGUCCUGACUGCCCAGCUCCAAGAAAAGUUGCCGUGCCUGGGGAGUGCUGUGAAAAGUGGACCUGUGGCCCAAAUGAGCAGGGGACACUGGGAGGCCUGGCCCUUCCAGCCUACAGACCAGAAGCCACCGUAGGGGUGGAAGUCUCUGAUUCCAGCAUCAACUGCAUUGAGCAGACCACGGAGUGGAGCGCGUGUUCUAAGAGCUGCGGCAUGGGCUUGUCCACCCGGGUCACCAACAGGAAUCGCCAGUGUGAGAUGGUGAAACAAAGUCGCCUCUGUAUGGUUCGGCCUUGCGAACAAGAGCCCACGCCAUCAACAGACAAGAAAGGGAAAAAGUGUCUUCGCACCAAGAAGUCCCUGAAAGCCAUCCACCUGCAGUACAAGAACUGCACGAGCCUACAUACCUACAAACCCAGGUUCUGUGGGGUCUGCAGCGAUGGCCGGUGCUGUACCCCCCACAACACCAAAACCAUCCAAGUGCAGUUUCAGUGCUCCCCAGGGCAAACCAUUAAGAAGCCAGUCAUGGUCAUUGGGACCUGCACCUGCCACUCCAACUGCCCUCAGAACAAUGAGGCCUUCCUCCAGGAGCUGGAGCUGAAGACCAGCAGGGGAGAAAUGUGACCGGUGUCAAAGCAAGCACCUGGGUGGAGGCAAAACGUUGCUGCUGCAUGGUCCAGCAUCACCUGCAUAUAAGAAACACAGUGAAGAGGUGUCCCGCGUAUGCUUCUGUGGUCAUGUGAGGUCAUUUGUAUGUGUCUUUUUUGAACAAAGGGGGUUCCAAAUGUAAACUUGGAAUCGAGGUAAGCUCAGGAUAUGCCUUAAGGGUAACUUACUUUCCUGUGUUGUUUAUUGCCAGUGUAAAUUUGUCCAUAGAUGGUUGAAUUUGUAGAGCGUUGCACUUACUUUCUGUGCACCAGUUCAAUUCCAAUAAAUAUCACAGAAACAAACGACACAGUGAUAUCUAAGAUCACACUGAACAUGUACAUAUCUAUCACCGCAUACUGAGGUUGACUUGAGGGACCUCUACUGAGCUCCUUGGGAUUGGUCAACUCUGCACUCUCACAUCUAAGAUUAAAGGAAGCAUUCAGCUCUUGAGCAUGAGGUUCAGAGACUGAUUCUCUCCUUACUGGUAGAAAACGUGCUGUAUCUACAGCAGUGGAAUGCCUGUUCACUAAGUGGGACUCGUGCCAUGGACUUCCUCCAUUGCAGACAAACUGACUCCUUUCCAGUCGAAAGAAGCUGAACCAAAACCUCCCAGUGCAGAGAUGACGGGACCUCUCAGCCCAUCACUUGUGUCCUAAAGGCUGCUGAGGCUCACUCCUUCGUGAUUCAGCAGGGAUUCUCUCAUACUCAAACAGUACACUGAGGACCAAGCCACCUAAUUACGAUCUCUAAUGACUUUCAAAUGUGCUCUUAGUGCCAUUUAGAGAAGGGAGGACAGAAUCCACAGAUUUUAUGAGCAUUUAAAGUGAUUGAAGACCUGCUUAAAAUAAAACCUUUGGUCAUAGUUAGGAAAACACAGGAUAUACAUUUGUACAUAUGUGUGUCUGAUAGAUGAAGAUCAUAACAUGUGCUACAAUUUGUGCAUCCCCCUAAUGCCGCCACACGUGAUCCCCUUUUGUCCUUCAAGUGUUUGUAAGAAUAUAAAUUAUACAUUUUUGUAAGAUACUCUUUUUAAUUUCUCCAGUUGUCAGACACGGCUUUUAAAGAGACGAUGUUAUCAGUGCGUGACUCUGGUAUCAGGUUCGUGUGACAAGUUUAAUGGUGUUUAUUGAAAAUAAAAUCCGUGAAUGAAAGCCUA